AGUACAUCUUCAAGACCACUCCUACCCAAGAUCAGACAAGAAACAUGAUAUCUCUGGACAGUUCAAAUAUGACAUGGGUUGGCAAAAAAGGGGGUCCGGUCGAUGCUAUGACAGUAAAUCAGGUGUAGGGACAGUGAUUGGAAACUUUACUGGAAAAAUAUGUGCCUACGGUAUAAGAUCAAAAUGUUGUAGAAAAUGUGAUUACCACAGUGUUAAAGGCAAUGGAAUUCCAGAUCAUAAUUGCUAUAGAAAUUGGGGAGGAAGCUCAAAGGCUAUGGAGCCAGAUGUUGGUGGUGAACUAGUCAAAGAAAUAGAAAAAGAAAACAUAGAAGUUGAGACAAUCAUUAUGGAUGAUGAUUGCACCACAAUGUCAAGAAUAAGAAAAGAGUUGUCACAUAAUGUAGUUAAAUGGAGUGAUCAGAACCAUACAGUUAAACAUCUUGGCAAAAGUUUGUAUGCUUUGCAGAAGAAACACAAAAUAUUGUCAAGUAUGGUGAUAAAACAUAUACAAAAGUGCUUUAAUUAUGCCUUGGCACAAAACAAAGAAAAUGUUUCAAAUUUCACUACAGCAUUGAAACAGUUGGUACCCCAUUUGUUUGGAGAUCAUGAUCUUUGUGGUGAUUGGUGUGGUCACAGAAAAAAUCCAGAUACCUAUAAAGGACUACCCUAUGGCAAACCAUUGUGCGGUGAAACACUUAGAUCUGAUUUAGAUGAAGUAAUCAACAUAUUCAUACAAAAUGCUGAAAAGAUUGCACCUGGGGGUUCCACAAAAGAUGUUGAAUCCUUCAACAACAUGAUAUCAUCCAAAGCACAAAAAAGGACACAUUAUUCUGGAUCAGAAAGUUUGUUCAUGAGGACAAGUUGUGCUGUAGCCCAGAAGAACGAAGGGUGCUCUUACGUAAAUGAGAUUAAUUCCCGUUCGGGUUUGUCACCUGGCAGAGCAUAUCAAAAGCAUGCUGAACAAGAGCUGUCUCCAUAG